UCAAAUCAAACUUCGGUCAUUUUUGUCCAUUUUCCACGCUGCAUCCCUCUCCUCCCUCUCUCGCAUUGUCAAUUGCCCUUUACAUUUCUUCUCCACGCUGCAUCCCUCUCCUCCCUCUCUCGCAGUUCUCUCUUUCACCUCCGGCCGCCGCACACCGCAGCGCCAGGCGCGAGCCACGCCACGCCACGCCACGCUGCCUUUGUGUCCAUUGUUCGAACCCACGUACCCCUCCAUUUCUGCGCUACCGGUUGUUCCGUUUCUUCUUUUUCCCGCAACAGCGGUAAGCCCCGGUGGUGGUUAUCGAUCUGCGUGACCCACGAGCUCCACCGAUGCCGUCUCGGCGAACCGGCAUUGAUUCCAUUGAAUCAGUGGCGAACAGACCAUUGACGUGUAUUUCCCUUCUGUUUGACGAGUAUCAGUACUGACCCACUUGAGAUCGGACUCGGAAACACUCGAUGACGAUCCUAUUUUAAGGAAAUUUUUAUACUGCAAAUAUCUGCAACAUCUACGACUCGUUUGACCCCUGAUCGUUUUAUCCACUUAGUUUCGACCUCGUAUCUGUGAGUUCAAGGAAUUCGAACACCGUACAGCAGGAUUGAAGACCUUUAGAGUCAUCACCACGUGAAGAUUGUGAACUUCCUUUAUCAUUUUCUUCCCCAAUCUUCUUCUUGGUUUCAGAACUUCCUGAAUUGGUAAAGGAUCUCUGUUUAUCUAUUGAAACCAAGUGUUGAUCGGAGGGAUUCUUGGUCUUGGAUCAUGUCGUUCUCUGAUUCCGAUUCAUCUUCUUGUGGGGGUGAUUACAAAAAUUUCAGGCAAAUCAGCCGCGAGCGAUUGUUGCAUGAGAUGCUUCGCUCAGCUAAAACAGGGGAUUCCAAAUCAACUUGGAAGGUUCUCAUCAUGGACAAACUUACCGUCAAGAUUAUGUCAUACGCAUGCAAGAUGGCUGAUAUCACAGAUGAAGGUGUUUCAUUGGUCGAAGACAUAUACCGACGAAGGCAGCCACUACCAUCCAUGGAUGCUAUCUACUUCGUUCAGCCUUCUCGAGAGAAUGUUAUCAUGUUCCUUUCAGACAUGGCUGGGAGAGCUCCUUUAUACCGGAAGGCAUUUGUUUUCUUCAGUUCACCUAUAUCAAAAGAAUUAGUUAGUCAAAUCAAGAGGGAUUCAACUGUUUUACCUCGCAUAUCUGCCCUAAAAGAGAUGAAUUUGGAGUACUUUGCUAUAGACAGCCAGGGUUUUACCACCAACAACGAGAAAGCUUUGGAGGAACUUUUUUGUGAUGAUGAGAGUUCUCAAAAAGGUGUAGCGUGCUUGAACGAGAUGGCUAUCCGUGUUAGCACAGUUUUUGCAUCAUUAAGGGAAUUUCCUUUCGUUCGGUACCGAGCUGCCAAGUCCUUAGAUGCAACUACAAUUACAACUUUCCGUGACCUCAUUCCUACAAAACUUGCUGCUGGUAUCUAUGACUGUAUUGCAAAAUAUAAGAAAUCGAUCCCCAAUUUUCCUCAGUCAGAAACGUGUGAGCUGUUGAUUCUUGAUCGAUCUAUAGAUCAGGUAUAUAACAUACAUAAAAGGAAAAAGGAUGCAAUGUGCCGUGAUUUGCUUGGUAUGGAGGGGAAUAAAUAUGUUCACGAGGUUCCAAGCAAAGUUGGUGGUUCACCGGAGAAGAAAGAGGUUCUUUUGGAGGACCAUGAUCCAGUUUGGCUUGAGCUUCGCCAUGCGCACAUUGCAGAUGCGAGUGAAAGAUUGCACGAGAAGAUGACCAACUUCGUAUCUAAGAAUAAGGCUGCGCAGAUCCAUCAAGGUUCAAGAAAUAGUAGUGAACUCUCCACACGGGAUCUACAAAAGAUGGUUCAAGCAUUGCCACAAUAUAGUGAACAAAUUGAAAAGCUCUCCUUGCAUGUGGAGAUUGCAGUAAAACUAAACAAGUUGAUCAAGGAACAGGGGCUUAGAGAAUUAGGACAAAUUGAGCAGGAUCUUGUUUUUGGAGAUGCAGGAACAAAAGAUGUAAUAAAAUUUUUGACGACCAAUGAGGAUGCAAGUCGUGAAAAUAAGUUGCGGCUAUUGAUGAUUCUUGCAGCCAUUUAUCCUGAGAAGUUUGAGGGCGAGAAAGGUCAAAAUUUAAUGAAGUUAGCCAAACUACCACCAGAGGAUAUGAAUGCUGUUACCAACAUGAGAUUACUUGGUGCUGCACCUGAUAGCAAGAAAAGCUCAUUAGGGUUAAUUUCGUUAAAGUUUGAUAUUCAUAAGAAGAAGCGUGCAGUUAGGAAACAACAAAAUGGUGAGGAAGAAACGUGGCAAUUAUCGCGGUUUUAUCCCAUGAUAGAGGAACUAGUUGAAAAACUUAGCAAAGGUGAAUUGUCCAAGGAUGAUUAUCCAUGUAUAAAUGACCCCAGUCCAACUUAUCAUGGACCAUCUCAUACAGCAGCAGUUCAGCCACCUCCAGCUGCUCAUUCAUUGAGAUCAAGACGGACUCCAACAUGGGCCCGACCUCGUAAUUCGGAUGAUGGAUACUCAAGUGAUUCAAUUCUGAGGCAUGCAUCUAGUGAUUUCAAGAAGAUGGGCCAGCGUAUCUUUGUAUUUAUUGUAGGUGGAGCAACUAGGUCCGAGCUUAGAGUUUGUCACAAGCUUACAACGAAGUUGAGGAGAGAGAUAGUUUUAGGUUCAACAAGUAUUGAUGAUCCUCCACAAUUUAUUACGAAGCUUAAGAUGUUGAGUGCACAAGAGCUCUCAUUGGAUGAUCUUCAGAUAUGAUGAUUAGAAGCAGCCUCUACUCUGCUCUUCAGCGCUUUGUAACUACUAGUCGGUUGGUUGGUUGGUUGUUUUUAUUUUCUUUUCUUUUUUUUUUUGGCCUCGUUCAGCUUAGUCUUAUGGCUAGUUUGUCAUGAUGUUGUGAUGAACUAUCGGUAAAAGUUGUGCAUAUUGCAUACUGUAACAUGUUUUACAUCCGCAUAUUGUAACAUUUCUUAAUAGAAAGAUGUGAUUGAAACUGUAUCUUGCCUGCCAUUCAUAAGCAAGGAAAGAAGAGCUACAGUUGUAAAUUUUGGGGAGCAAAGAGAGAAUGAAUUGUGUCGUUUAAUCGA